AUAGUCUCUACAUUUAUAGUCUUGACUUCAAUUUUCUAUUCUUUUCUUUAUAAAAAAAAAAAAAACCCAACAAGAAAAAGAAAACUCUCGAUACAAAAAUACAAAACAGCAUUUGUCAAAAAGUUUGCAAAAAUUUCCUUAAAUUCAGAAAAAAAAGAGUGAAGGCCAUCCUGCGUGUAACCCUCAAAAAGAAACAAUCUUUCUUUUUAAUUUUUGUUGUGUACCAAUUUAUAGUUUAGAUUCUUUGGGUUUGUUAGGCUCUCGUUUUCAGUGUUUUUAUUUGAUCGGUGGGUUUUAUCCUUUUCUGCUUUGAGUUGUUUGUUAAAACAUGGGUUUGUUGCCUCUUCUUUAAUCCACAAUUCUCUGAAGAAAAAUCCCUUUGUCUGAAAAAAACACAUAUUCCGAUUUUUUUUUUUUUAAGGUUUCUUUGUUCAAGAAAUUGAGUUCAGCUUGGAAAUGGGUCCGAUGAAAAAUUGGAAUAUUCUGUUUGGGUUGUGGCUGAUUUUUGUAGUGACGUGGCCUGUUGGUGGUGUGAGGCCUUUGAGGCAGAGGCCGCGUUCUUGGGGUGAAGAGUGGCUUCCAUUAGGCAAAGAAGAGAACGAAGUGGGUCCGUUUUCUUCUUGGAAUAUAACAGGGACGUAUCGAGGGAAUUGGAAGUUUCUAGAAUCUUCAAACGGCACUUCUAAGUUUCCCGAUUUUAGAAACUCAAACGGGAAUUCCGUACUUGAGUUGAUCAGUACUCCGACAAAAAUAACCGGUGUGCACUAUAUUCAGGGGGUGAUAAUAUUUCACGACGUGUUCGAUAACGAGCGUGAUAUACGCGGUGCUCAAGUAAGGCUGGAGGGUGUGUACGUAUGGCCUUUCAGACAGCUAAGAAUGGUAGCUAACAGUGGAAAAGAGGGUGACUAUGGGCAGGAAGAUGAUUACUUACUGACUAAUCCGUAUCACUUGCUCGGAGUUUUCUCGUCCCAGGUGUUUCAAGAAUCGCCUCGAGAAAAAAUCUGGAACAGAAAACAUUCUCCCAUUUACGAAAUGGAGAAACGUUGUAACAUUGAAAUUGCCGCACAGGUUUCUCGCCUUCCUCCCAGAAAAAAUGACGGAGAUCAAGAAAAGUAUUACCUAGAAGGACUAAUGGAAAGCCCGUCAGUCGACGACGAUGUAGAUUGCUUCUCACCCGUGCUUGUAAACGCAACUUCGAUCAACACUGAUAUUUACUACAAUAAAGCAAUUAACUACACUUUGAUGGUCACCUUUAUCUCUUUCCUCGAAGUUCUAAUGUUGAUCAGGCAAAUGGAGUACAGUAACACCCAGUCUGGAACUGCUAAAGUUUCGCUUCUAAUGGUUGGACACCAGGCUAUAAUCGACACUUAUAUUUGUCUUCUGCAUCUCACCGCUGGAAUUCUAGUCGAAUCCCUGUUUAAUGCUUUUGCAACCGCUGCGUUUUUCAAAUUUGUGGUGUUCUCGAUUUUCGAAAUGCGGUACCUUCUUGCAAUAUGGAAGGCGAAUCGACCUCCAAAUGGAGAGAGUUGGGAACAAAUGAGGCGCGAGCUUUCAGCUCUUUACAGUCGUUUCUAUGGGGUACUUUUGGGGGGUGUUUUGGUCAUGUACGAGUUCCACAAGUUCUUGCGGUUUAUUCUUCUAGUUCUUCACUCUUUUUGGAUUCCGCAAAUAGUGCUUAAUGUUGUGCGUGAUUCGAGGAAGCCGUUGCAUGUUCAUUUCAUACUCGGAAUGACAAUCACUCGUAUUGCUAUUCCGUUGUAUAUUUUUGGCUGUCCUCAUAAUUUCAUGCGAAUCGAGGCCGAUAGAAAUUGGUGCAUUUGUUUGGCUAUUUUUAUGGGACUACAAGCACUUAUUCUUAUUCUCCAACACUAUUUUGGGUCUCGUUGCUUCAUUCCCCGUCAGGUUUUACCGGAUAAAUACAGUUACUACAGAAGAUUCCAUCAGGGGUCAAAUAACGGGAUAGACUGUGUUAUUUGCAUGACCCCGAUUGACCUCGGCCCGCGUUCAAAUGAUUGCAUGGUGACACCGUGCGAGCAUUUCUUUCACAACAGUUGUUUGCAAAGAUGGAUGGAUAUUAAAAUGGAAUGCCCAACUUGCCGCCGUGCACUUCCACCUGCCUAGGGUUUGUAUAUAUCUCGUCUUUAGUUCUAAAUCGAGACUGCCCUACUAGUUAACUUUGCUGGAAAAAUGCACCGAAAAAGCGUAGACUAUGUUCGUGUCAAGAAGAUGAGGCUGCCUUCUUGUUUUACUUGUGUAGUAGUGUAAUGCUAUGAAAAAAAGUUCGGUUUAUCGUUUAUUUUGAGAUCUCUCUCUCUCUCUCUCUCUCUCUCUCUCUCUCUCUCUCUC